AUGGUUUCUAUGGACUUAGAGAAGCUAGCUCAUGUUUUAAGAAGCAUUUUGGCAACUCGAAAAGUACUUAUGACUUCUACUACAUCUUUUUUAAUGUAUUCGGGUCUUAAAGCCCCGCCCCGUGUGAUACAUAUGCAUCUUAGAAACCGCAACAUGUUGCUUCCCGUGUCUAGAAGUACUACUAUUUCCUUCAAACCAAUAUCGAUGAUGCUAAAAAACGAGUCAGAGGCGAUGCUCAAAAAAGAGACAGAGCUUCAAACUAAGGUUUUGGAUCUUGAUUUAGGAAGAAUGGUUAACAAUGGUUUUGUUUUCCGGCAAAAUAUUCAUAUUAAAUCAUAUGAAGUUGCUCCAGAUGCAACACCGACUAUAGAAACAAUUAUGAAUCAUUUACAGGAAACAUCAGGAAAUCAUUUAAAGGAAGUUGGCAUCUCUAUUGAUGGAUUUGCUACAACCCCGGAAAUGGCUAAAAGGAAUCUGUUUUGGGUGACGUCAAAGAUGCAAGUAGUAGUUGACCGUUAUCCAGUAUGGGGUAAUGUUGUUACAAUCGAUACAUGGAAAGCAGCUCUUGGAAAAAUUGGUUUGUGUUGUAAUUGGACAUUUUCUGAUUCGAAAACUGGUGAAAUAUUAAUUCGAGCAUCAAGUACUUUGGUGUUGGUGAAUAAAGAGACAAGAAAAUUAUCAAAAUUUCCAGAUGAAGUUCGAGCAGAGUUAGAACAAUUCCUUUUCAAUACACCCGCUAUAGUCACACAUGAUAUCAUAAAAUGGUCAAAACAAGCUGAGACCAUUGUUAGCCAUGUACCUUUAAGGGCAACAUAUUGGGAUCUGGAUGUUAACCAACACGUUAACAAUGUAAAACAUAGUCGAUGGAUCCUUGAGAGUGUUCCAAAGUCUAUUAUAGAAAACUAUGAGCUUGCUAGUAUGGCAUUACAAUAUUGUCAUGAAUGUAAGGAGGAUAGCAUAAUAGAGUCACACACUUCUGUUACUGUGGACGACAAUAUCAACGAUUGUAACACUUUUGUGUGCGACCACCUACUUCUACUUGAGAAUGCACCGGGAUGUAACGAGAUCACCAAAGGAAGGACUAGAUGGCGCAGAAAGUAUGAAAAAAUAUCCGAAUACCAUAACGUUGGUCCCUCCCCAAAUGGAAACGGAGGGGUAUAA